AUGACGAAGAAAGAAAAUAUCAGUCAGUUUACAUGUAUCAGUCUCCUUAGACGUACUACUCCCUAUAUACUCUCUUUUCCCACUCUUCCUCCCUCUUGUCUUCUCACUAUUAAUACUUUUACUCUUUCUUUCUUUCUUUCUUUCUUUCUUUCUUUCUUUCUUUCUUUCUUUCUUUCUUUCUGUCUUUCUUUCUUUCUUUCUUUAUUGCUGUUUUUCCUUUCUUUUUGUGUUUCUUCUUCUUUUUUCUUUAAUACUACUACUACUGCUACUUCUUGUUGGUAUUUUUCCAUCCGUUCUACUUUUAUAUUUCCUUUACAUCCUCCUCUUUAUCAUAGUGUUUCUUCUUCUUCCUCUUCAGCUGCUGAUGCUGCUACUACUAGUAGUAGUUGUUCUUUUUUCUUCCAUCCGUUCUCCUUCUAUACUAUUUCAUUUGCAUCUUCCUAUUUAUUUCUCAGACUUUUCUUCUUCUUCUUCUUCUUCUUUGUAAUCUGA